GGACAGGUAACCGCAAUGUGUGUUCUCCUCUGGAGCGUCAGUGGAGCGGUUUUACGAAGUUUCUGGAAUAGGAAAUCGAUAAAUGGGAUUAGGUAGUUUUGUUUUCGCUCGAGGCUGUGCCUGCGGAGGAGUGUGGGGAUGGAGGCCCUGUUGAAUGAGUGGCUGUGGCAGGAGGAGUCCUGGCUUCCCCCUGGCAUCAGCUGGCAGGACAUUCGGAUGGAGGAGAACGAAGGCCGCUUCCCUCUACCCAGAGAUCUGGUCUACACCGUACCACUGGCCUUCACCUUCAUAGCCCUCAGAUACAUCUUCGAGAGGCUCGUUGCUCUCCCGUUAAGCAAACAUUUAGGUGUGAAGGACCGGAUUCGGAUUCAAGCCAAUUCUGUCCCAAAGCUGGAGACCUUCUACAAACAGACAAGUCGUCAACCUUUGCAAAAGGAGGCGGUGAGCCUGGGGAGGCAGUGUGGAAUCUCUCAGAGAAAUAUCCAGACCUGGUUCAGACAAAGAAGGAACCAGGACCGACCGAGCAGCACCAAAAAGUUCUGCGAGGCCUCCUGGCGUUUUGUCUUCUACCUCAUAGCCUUCACUGCGGGACUCGGCUCUUUAAUUAAUACGCCGUGGUUCUGGGAUCAUAGAGAGUGUUGGAGGGGUUAUCCCAAACAGCCCGUGGCUGAGGCCCAUUACUGGUACUACAUCUUGGAACUGGGCUUCUAUCUGUCGCUACUUCUGUGCGUGUCUGUGGACGUCAAGCGAAAAGACUUCAAGGAGCAGGUAAUUCAUCACAUCGCCACCUUGUUCCUCAUCGGUUUCUCCUACUGUGCCAACUAUGUGAGGGUUGGCACUCUGGUGAUGCUGGUGCACGACUCCUCCGACUUCCUUCUCGAGUCUGCCAAGAUGUUCCACUACGCUGGCUGGACGAGGACGUGUGACUCGCUCUUUGUCAUCUUCGCUCUGGUGUUCCUGGUGACGAGGCUGGUGGUGUUUCCUGGCAGAGUGGUCCACACAACGUUGGUGCUGUCUCUAGAAUUCUUCCAGCCCUUCUUUGGUUAUUAUUUCUUCAACACCCUUCUGUUAGUGCUGCAAGCACUGCACAUCUUCUGGGCUUACCUCAUCCUGCGUAUGAUCUACAAGUUUGUGUUCCUGGGCAAGGUGGAGCGCGAUGAACGUAGCGACGAGGAAAGUGAGGUCGACGAUGAGGAGGAGGAAGCGCCAGAGGAAGGAGACGAGGGGAGCGAGAAGCAAAGGAAGCGCACAAUCAACUGCAAACUGGCAUCGCUGGCUAACAACUGUGUCCUGAACAAUCUGACUAACCAGAGGAAGAUGAACUGCAGACGACGCAAAGCCAGAUAGUGGAGUAACGUACUUCUUUUUGAAUGAAUGAUGAUACAUGCACAUGGCUUGUUCACCCAACACGGUCCAUUGGCCUUUGCCAAACAGGACAUGCAUGAAUCCUGCUUAUCUUUGAUGAAAAAAGAGAGCAAAGAAACACAGACGAUCUGCUCACCCAGUGGAAACACUCAUUCCACAGCAUACAGUAUCAAUUACAAAACAAGCAGAAAGGGAAAUAUAUUGUACAACAAAUCAUUUUGUUUUUGUAUAUUUUGUAAUCAUGUAGUUUUUUUAUUAUAGUAUUCAUGAAUUCAUAAUGAAUGCAAGUACCUGGACCUAAAAGUAAAGCUCGAAUCCUUCUUUGGUCAAUAAGGAAUACCACAUGUUUAACGCAAAGUCAAACUGAUUCCGUCUAAUACAUGUAAUGAUGAUGUUUUA